CUCUUUUCCUCCCGUCUCUUCCUCUUCAUUCAACUCUUUCCUCCUCUCUCUUUGGCGCCAAACCCACCAUGUCUUCUUCACAAACCUUCAAUACUCUGUUUCUCCAUUUCCCCAUUUCCAUUUCUCAAAGCUUCGAAGCUCUGUUUUUAACCCUUCUUCUCCUCUCCAUUUUCACCUUCUUCCUCCAUCCCGGUGGCUUCGCUUGGGCCAUUUCCAAGUUCAAAACCACCGCUUCCACCGCCAUCCCUGGCCCUUCCGGCCUCCCAUUCAUCGGACUUUUCCAUGUCUUCACUUUUUCAACUCCUCACAGAGCCCUUUCUGCCCUUGCUAAUCGAUUUAAAGCAUACCCAUUAAUGGCUUUCUCUGUUGGGUUAACUAGAUUUGUGAUUUCUAGUAAUCCUGAUGUUGCGAAAGAGAUUCUUAAUAGCCCUUCUUUUGCUGAUAGACCUGUGAAAGAGUCUGCUUAUGAGCUGCUUUUCCACAGAGCAAUGGGGUUUGCUCCUUAUGGUGAGUAUUGGAGGAACUUGAGAAGGAUUUCAGCUACCUUUAUGUUUAGUCCUAAGAGAAUAGCUGGGUUUGAAGGGUUUAGGAAGGAAGUUGGGAUUAAGAUGGUGAGAGAAAUUGAGAAAUCUAUGGUUUUAAAAGGGGAUGUGAGGGUUAAAGAGAUUCUUCAUUUUGGGUCUUUGAAUAAUGUUAUGAUGACUGUUUUUGGGAAAUGUUAUGAGUUUUGUAAUGGGGAGAGAGAUGGGGUUGAGCUUGAGGAGUUGGUUAAAGAAGGGUAUGAUUUGCUUGGGAUCUUCAAUUGGAGUGACCAUUUUCCCUUGUUGGGUCUCUUGGAUUUACAAGGUGUGAGGAAAAGAGGUAGAUGUUUGGCUUCUAAGGUUAAUAUUUUUGUGGGAAAAAUCAUUGAAGAACAUAGAAUGAAGAGGGAAAUCAAGGGAUAUCAUCAACAAGAACAAGAACAAGAACAUAAUAAAGAUUUUGUUGAUGUUCUGCUUGAUUUGGAGAAGGAUGAUAAGCUUUCAGAUUCUGACAUGAUUGCUGUUCUCUGGGAAAUGAUAUUUAGAGGAACUGACACAGUAGCCAUACUUCUAGAAUGGAUUUUAGCAAGAAUGGUAAUACACCAAGAUAUCCAAACCAAAGCCCAAAAUGAAAUUGAUUCAGUAAUAGGCAAGAAAUGGAGAGCCAUUUCAGAUGCUGAUAUCCAAAAACUUCCAUUUCUUCAAGCCAUUGUGAAGGAAUGUUUAAGAAUGCAUCCUCCAGGGCCACUUCUGUCAUGGGCAAGGCUAGCGGUGGCGGACGUGCACGUCGAUGGGAGAGUGAUACCGGCAGGGACGACGGCGAUGGUGAACAUGUGGGCAAUAACUCAUAAUGAGAAGGUAUGGAAAGAUGCAGAGAAAUUUGAUCCAAAUAGAUUCAUGGAAGAGGAAAUUAGUGUUAUGGGAAGUGAUUUGAGAUUGGCUCCAUUUGGGGCAGGAAGAAGAGUUUGUCCUGGAAAAGCAAUGGGAUUGGCUACUGUCCAUCUCUGGUUGGCUCAGUUGCUUCAAGCUUACAAAUGGAUGCCUUGUUCUGAUGAAUCCAUUAAUAAUGGUGUUGACUUGUCAGAGUGCCUUAAACUCUCCAUGGAGAUGAAAACUCCAUUGGUUUGCAGAGCUGUUCCUAGGGCUGGUUGGGGAGAGGACUGAAACAACAGCAAGAGGAUAAGGAUGGGAGGAUGGGGUGGAUUUAGUUAAGGGGUCUUUUUCUUUUUGAGCUCACAAAAAUGAGCUUUUUUUUUUCUUUUUUUUUUUUUUUGGUGGUUGUUUUGUUUGGUGGGGAAGGUGAAGGAUAGAAGUUUCUUUUGUGUUUGUUUUUGUUGAGAGAGCUGCAAUGAUAUUGUGUCUUUUUCUCUCUGUGGUUAGGGUUUUUAGGGUCAGUUGUUUCAGAAACCAAGUGGUUGAUGAUGCUAAUGGAAUCUUAUGCUUGUGUUUAAAAAAAAAAUGAAAAAACAACAAAGAAAACCCUCUUUAUCCUCUCUUUCUGUCUGUGGAACAACUUAUCUUCAUUAUUAUGUUUCAAUGGUGUGAUUAAGUUGUCUUA